AUGUAAAAAUAUUUUUACUGUAGAGAUUUUGAGGAUAAUUCCUACAUAUUUAAGAAAAAGGGAAAACUUUGGUUAAUAUUCAGACUUUAUUCAACAUCAGAAAAUACACAAUGAAGAGAAAAUCUACAAUUUAAAUCAGCUUAUAGAUACAUUUACUUUUGGAUCACAACAUACUCAGCAUUAGAAAAUUCACACUGGCUGGGUGUGUGGCUCACCCUGUAAUCCUGACACUGGAAGGCUGAGGACAGGAAGAGGACUUGAGUCCAGGAAUUCUAGACCAGGAUGGGCAACAUAGCCAGACUCUAUCUCUACAAAAAAUUUAAAAAUUAGCCAGGCAUGGUGGUGCACGCUUGUCCCAGCUACUCAGGAGGCUAAGGUGGCAGGGUCCUCUAAGCCCAGGCUAUGGUAUGCUAUGAUCACACCUAUAUAUAGCCACUGCAUUCCAGUCUGGGCAACAAAAUGGCAUCCUGUCUCUAAAAUAAAUAAAGAAGACAAUAUUUGGCUGGGCGCGGUGGCUCACACCUAUAAUCUCAACACUUUGGGAGGCUGAGGCAGGCAGAUCACCUGAGGUCAGGAGUUCGAGACCAGCCUGGCCAACAUAUAGUAAAACCCUGUCUCUACUAAAAAUACAAAAAAAAUUAGCCGGGUGUGGUGGUGUGUGCCUGUAAUUCCAGCCACUUGGGAGGCUGAGGCAAGAGAAUCACUUGAACCCGGGAGGCAGAGGUUGCAGUGAGGCAAGAUCCCACCACUAUACUCUAGCCUGGGCAACAAGAGGAAAAACUAAAAAAAAAAAAAUAUUUGGCUACAUGCAAUGUUCUUAUCACAUUAACUGGUAUUAUGGUAAAGUUACCUUUUGAAAAGUCAUCUGGCAAAAACAACUGUUAACAUUAGAUAACAGUGACUUUGACAAAGCGCUAUACUACUAGGAUAAAAAUGACUGAAGAGAUUGGCACAAAAUGAGGAACGGGGCUUCGUUUCCGAGAAUACCAGCUCCACUCAACACUGGAUACUCUCCUGCCUGUGGAAAUCUACAAGGGCAGUAGCAGAGAGUGCUGCACGUUUCACAGUGUUGGGAGAGGACAGUGAAAACCAACAUUUACCAGGUGCCUGCCAUGGGCUAUUCCUGGGCUGAGGCUCUAAAGAUGUUUCUUUGAACAGUAACAGCAGCCGUCUAGGAUAGGUGGUCCUCAGCUAUGGCAGAAAAGAGGAGACUGAGGCCUAAGAAGCUAGUAAAUGGUGGAUUCCAGUCUUCUCUUCCAAUGGAUUAGUAGACACCAAUGGCCCAGGCAGAGUGUUUCUUGAUUUUUGAAUACAAAUGUAGCAGGAGCUGCCGCGGGAAAGGAUCUUUCUGACACCGGACACCGAAUACAGGAGGAAGGACUUCAUUUCAGCUGGGAGCAAGGUGGCAUAGGUGCCUAACAGCCAAGCUUGUCUAACAAAGGGAGGUUCAGCCUUUAUAUAGGCUUAUACUUUAGAUGUUACACGUGGAAGAAUCUUAGGUCCAUAGUUUUAGGACUCACAUGUGAAAAGGUAUCUGUUUCUAGUUUUAGGACUCACAUGUGAAAAGGUCUCUGUUUACAGUUUCAGGAAUCACAUAUGAAAGGGCUCCGGUUUACAGUUCUAGGACUCACAUGUGAAAAGGUUUCUGGUUUGAUCUUGUUUUAAGUAAAAAUAGUGCCUUCUGGAGAGUUUCCCCAAGGCCUAGCCUGUUGUUUUCAGGAAAGAGUUUCAGGAGGCGCCAGCUGGACUGCUCUCUCUUCUAUUGAGAUACACAGUGAAUGACAGAGGGGGAGGGAAUCCCAAAUGCCUGGGUCUCCCUCCUCACUAACAUCAUGAAUAGCAAAUACUGGCAUGGCAAUAAGAGUGUGCCCUACAUCUGGUCACAUCUAAAACACCAGUCCCUUCUCUUUUUGCAGGAACACUUGGUCUUACAGAAUCAGGAUAUGGAGAGAUGCUGGCCAGGGCCACCGACUAGGUGCUUCUGCAGUUUGCAGUUUCUCUACUGUCCUCAGGACACUGUCAUACCAUUAACCCUUUCCUGCCUAGUGAUAGCGAUGUCUGAAGAGGUUAUCAGAUCACCUCUCCUCUAGAAAUAAAUAGGUUGGUAUCUCUAAACCUGGCCUUGAGUAACAGAUGCACAUGAAAUUCUGAAUGAGUGGUAAUUCACUGCUCACAUGUCCAAGGGACAACAGGCUCUUUUCCUGGGACUUGUACAGGAUGAUUGGACAGGAUUACUUCCCAGGAUUUGGCUGUAUUGAGUUUGCAGAUUUGGGCUGUAACUCAUCCAAACUUAUCUGGGGAACACAAGUUAAACUGAGAAGAGAAAGAGGAAAAAGACCCAUGUUUAAAUGGAAAUUAAAUAUGUAUCUGAUAGAUUCCACAAAUGUCUUGGACACAUCUAUGAACAGUGUCUGGCACCAGCUGGCUCCAGCACAGAAAGGUUUGCUGUGUACCUGAGGGAGACUCUGCCAUACUUGACCCAAGGAGGCCUGCUUGGUGACCAGGCAGGCAUAGUAAGCAUGGAGAACACACUUGGUCUCUUUCUCCCAGACCCAGACAGGGAACAGAACUUUCCUCAGCAGGCCAUGUUGUCACUGGCUGGCAAAAGCACCUCUCCGCUAAAAAGUAAAAACCAGGGUGUCUAAGAUCCUAGGAAUCGGACCCGCUCCACUGGGUAGAGAACAACCAAAAUGAGGCUUUCUUCCCUCACUCCGGGAGGUUGCUGGCUCUGCAGCCCGGUUCCAAAGCCCCUCUUCCAGGUCACUUCCCCGACUGAGCCAGACCCCUUGCUCUUAGGACGCUGUGGGCCAGGCCGAGGCUCCCGCUCCGUGUGGCCUGCCUGGACCCUACAGGGCCGCGCUCAGAAGAUGCCACUGAUGCCAGAGGCGCAACUCUUUUUCCUAUUCCCAGGAGCGGAAGGCAGAAACAGUGGCCUUGGCGACAGAGGGGUGGGAACACCCCACGUCCACUGCAAGAGAAUGAAGUGGAAGAAGGGAUUUCGGCUUCCGACCCGGCAGGAGCCUGGCCGCUGGAACGCCCGCGAGGAGUUCGCUCGCCUCUCGCCGCCCUGUCUCCCAGGUACGCCGCCCCGGGCCUUUUGUACGACUCACUGCUGGAAAUGGUCACACGCUCCUUCUCCCCUUAGAGCGGACACUGUCAAAACCACUGAAGCUCCCGCCCUGAGGAGCGCCCUAUCUGCUAAAGGCCGUGUUGUCCCGCCUCCAAGCCACUGCGCGUGCGCAUUGCUUUGACCUCAAGUUCCCAGGGAGCGGUGGGAAGCGGAAGUGCUCGGCUGACCCGGAGGCUGGCGUUUCGUUCACACUGGUUGCUGUCGUCCGUCCCUCUCCGCGCUGAAGGUCACAGUGCAGACCUGAGACCGCUGCUCACGACUCCAGACUCCAGUUUAUCUGUGCCCCGGCUUCCUCACUUAGUCUCAGAAGACCUAGGCUGAGGCCCCAGGAGGAGAUCUCCAUCCUUUGGAGGAGCACAACAGAAUGGCCACAUCCCAGUGAUGAACAUUUCAGUGAUCACCAAUGGUCAAUGAAAACAAAAACAUUUAAGGAAUCGUUGACCUUCAAGGACGUGUUCGUGGACUUCACCCUCGAGGAGUGGCAGCAACUGGACUCUGCCCAGAAGAACCUCUACAGGGACGUCAUGCUUGAGAACUACAGCCACCUGGUGUCCGUGGGGUAUCUGCUUGCCAAGCCAGAUAUGAUCUUCAGGUUGGGACCAGGAGAAGAGUCCUGGAGGGCAGAUGGAGGGACCCCGGUGCGCACCUGUGCAGGUGAGGACAGGCCAGUGUUUCACUAUGGAAGGUUAAGAUUGAACUCAUCAUGCUGCUCCUGUCACCCGCCCAAAGAAGUCUGGCAAGUUGACAAGCAGAUAGAUCGCUAUAAGGAAAGCCAAGACAAACUUCCAUGGCAAGCUGCAUUCACAGGCAAGGAAACACUGAAGGAUGAAAGUGGUCAAGUAUGUAAAAUAUGUAGAAAAAGCAUUUAUCUCAGCACAGACUUUGUUUCUGUAAAACAAAGACUCCCUAAAUAUUACUCGUGGGAAUGGUGUUCAAAACAUAAUUUAAACUUUCUUAGUCAAAAUAGAAGCUAUGUAAGAAAGAAAGAUGAUGGAUAUAAGACAUAUUGGAAAGUAUGCCUCCAUUCUAACCUUCAUAAAGCUCAACCUGUGGAGAAAUUUUUUGACCCUAAUCAACGAGGGAAAGCCCUCCACCAAAAGCAAGCCCUUCAGAAAAGUCAGAGAAGUCAAACUGGGGAGAAACUCUACAGAUGUACUCAGUGUGGAAAAGGGUUUAUCCAGAAAGGAAAUUUAGUUGUACAUCAAAGAACUCACACCGGAGAGAAACCUUAUGAAUGCUGUGAAUGUGCAAAAGCCUUCAGCCAGAAGUCAACCCUCAUAGCACACCAGAGAACGCACACAGGGGAGAAGCCCUAUGAAUGUAAUGAAUGUGGAAAAACCUUUAUUCAGAAGUCAACUCUGAUUAAACAUCAACGAACUCAUACGGGAGAGAAACCAUUUGUAUGUGCCAAAUGUCCAAAAGCUUUUAAAAGUUCAUAUCAUCUUAUUAGACAUAAAAAAACACACAUUAGACAAGCAUUUUAUAAAGGUAUUAAAUAUACUACAUCUGGCCUUAUAUAUCAAUGGAUUCACACAAGUGAGAAACCUGAGUGCAGUGAACAUGAGAAAACCUCUGAUGAGAAGCCUAGUCCCACUAAACAUCAGAUAACUCGUACAAAAGAGAAAAUUUAUGAGUGUAAUAAAUGUGGGAAAAGCUUCAGAGGUAAGUCACACCUCUCUGUUCAUCAGAAAAUUCAUACGGGAGAGAAACCCUAUGAAUGUAGUAUAUGUGGGAAGACUUUCAGUGGAAAGUCACACCUCUCUGCCCAUCAUAGAACUCAUACAGGAGAGAAACCGUAUGAAUGCAGAAGAUGUGGGAAAGCCUUUGGGGAGAAGUCAACCCUUACUGUACAUCAGAGAAUACAUACAGGAGAGAAACCCUACAAAUGCAACGAAUGUGGGAAAGCCUUCAGUGAGAAGUCACCACUGAUUAAACAUCAGAGAAUUCAUACAGGAGAGAGACCGUAUGAAUGCAGUGACUGUGCAAAAACCUUCAGUAGGAAGUCAACUCUCAUUAAACAUCAGAGAAUUCAUACAGGAGAAAAACCUUACAAAUGUAGUGAAUGUGGGAAGGCCUUCAGUGUGAAAUCAACUCUCAAUGUGCAUCACAGAACUCAUACAGGAGAGAAACCUUAUGAAUGCAGAGACUGUGGGAAAGCAUUCAGUGGGAAGUCAACUCUCAUUAAACAUCAGAGAAGUCACACAGGUGAUAAAAACCUAUGAGUAUACUUGAGAGUGGGAUAAUUAUACUAGUAAUUACUCAUAUGUUAAAUAAUUUAUCAUGGGGAGUAAUCUUAUAAAUGUCAAGAGUGUUGGAAACUCUUCAUAUGUUAAUAUUCAUUUAACUUAAUAAAAGGUACAGAAGUAUAAUUCCAGAGGCGUCAAUAAAUGUGAUUAAUUUUUUCACCCAGAGUUCUUCACACAGGAGUGAAAAUCUGUAUCUCAAAUAAUUCAAAAGCAUCAAAACUGAGUGUAGUGAUGUGGGAAAGCCUUCAGAAAGAAUGUAAAUGGCACUGUUUAUCAGAGUGUUUAUGCUGAGAAAAACUAAGAAUUUAGUGAGCCAUGGUGUGGUAGGUAGCUCACACCUGUAAUUCCAGCACUUUUGGGAGGCCAAGGUAGGCAGAUCACUUGAGCUCACAAGUUCGAGACCAGCCUGGGCAACAUGGUAAAACUGUCUUUACAAAAAAUACAAAAGUUAUCUGGGUGUGGUGGUAUGCCUGUAGUCCCGGGAGUUUGAGGUAGGAGGAUGGCUUGAGCCCAGGAGGUGGAGGUUGCAGUGAGCUGAGAUCACACUACUGUACUCCAGCCUGGGUGUUACAGCCAGACCGUGUCAAAUAAAUAGACAAACACAAACCCAUGUUAGAAAUGAGAGGAAUCAUGCUCUAUAUUCUUUUAUUAAUAGAGACAGGGUCUUGCUAUGUUGCCCAGGCUGGUCUUGAACUCCUAGCCUCAACUGAUACUCCCACCUUUGCCUCCCAAAGCACUCAUUAUAGAUAUGAGCCACCACACUUAGCAUAUUCUUUAUCAAACAUUUUGUGGAAAAGGUAUAGAGGUGGCAAGCAAACACUCAAUUAUAAAUUUAAGAUAUGUUCAAUGUGGAGUAGAUUAUGACUUUUUUUUUUGAGACAGAGUUUCACUCUCAUUGCCCAAGCUGGAGUGCAAUGGCACAAUCUCAGCUCACUCCAACCUUUGCCUCCCAGGUUCAAGCGAUUCUCCUGCCUCAACCUCCCAAGUAGGCUGGGAUUUCAGGCAUGCGCCACCAUGCCCUGCUAAUUUUUUGUAGUUUUAAUAGAAACGGGGUUUCACCAUGUUAGCCAGGCUGGUCUGGAACUCCUGACCUCAGGUGAUCCAUCCGUCUUAGCCUCUCAAAGCACUGGGAAUACAAGUGUGAGCCACGGCGCCUAGCCUAGUAUGAUAUUUUUAAAAGAAUAGUAUAAAGCAUAAAAUACCUAUGUGGGUUAAACUCCCAGAUUAUUUUCCUAAACAAAUAAAAAAAUUGCUUUCUUAAAUAGGGUAAGAGAGGAUGAGUCAUCAGGAUCCCUGAAACAAAGAUCUCAAACAGGAGACCUUACAUACAUUAUUCAUCAAUAUCUUCAGUGCAAAAAUGCAAAGCCAUUACAGAAAGGGCAUUAGUAAGUUUUUACAUACUUUCCUUAGGAACAGUGCUUACAACGUAAAAUUCUCCAUGUUUUAAGAAAGAAUAAUUUUGUGGUGAAGCAAUCAAAGAUUUAAAAAUUUCAGAGCAUCUUCCGUAAGAGCAGUAUUAUUUAAAGUAGUGAAAAAAUAAAAAACAAUUUAAUAUCCAGUGAUAGCUGAUUAAAAAUUGAUAUGUCAAUUAGGUGAAAUAAUAUGCACCAAUUAAGACUAUUUGCAAAUUUGGGAAAAUGUUAAUGGUAAAUCAUUACAUAAAAAAUAUAAAAUAAUAUAUGAUAUUGUAAAAACAAAGUAUAUGAACCAUUAUAUCAGUGAUUCUGGGUGGUUGGCAUAUAAAAAUAUUGCGAUGAGUAAAGUUAUAUGCACAUAUAUGUAUAAGCAUAAAUUUGUAUUUCAUCUAUUUUAGGUGAGUAUAUGUGUGUAUAGAUAACACAGGGAAUAAAAAGCUAGGUACAUCUAUGUAAUGUGGGUGGGGGGAGCUAGGAAAGAAAUACACCAAAUUAUUAAGUAAAUUGGCAUUUGAGUGUGGAGAUUAUUGAUGUGUAAAAAAGUUUUUGGAUGUAGUCCCCAGAAAUCACCAAUAAAGCAUAUCAUUUAAAGUGUA